CGUCGAUAUGAACCUAGUAAAAAUACUGAGGAAUUACUGGUUAAAUUUGUCAGAGAAGCCGUAUUUACAAACGUUACUCGAGCCCUAUUAACAAACGUUACUUAAUAUUACUAUCAAAAGAAAGAGAAAAAAAAUAAAAGGUCAAAUACGUUUUGGUUAAAAUAUUCUUGGUAAAUAAUUUUUACGUUUGAAUCGCACAAAGUUAAAAUAUGUCAGAUACACCAAUUAAUUUCAAUACCCCGGAAGCUAAAAUCGCAAAAGAAGUAGCGUAUCAACUUAUACAAAAAAAGACAGGUAAAAAUAUAAAGAAUCAGCAAAUUCGUAAAGAAACAGAACUUAUGAUGAGAUUAGUCGAGGAAAUAGAAAUUAAACACGAACUGUUUUUGUCAAAUAUGUGUAAAAGACUGAACUUAAAUACUGAAAAUGCUCAAUCAAUGUUUCACACAAUUGCAGAAGAGAUAUUCAGUGAUGGUAUUAACUGGGGUAGAAUUAUUGUCUUAUAUGCGUUUGCUGGAAAAAUUGCAGAACAUUGUAGAAAAUCUAAUGAUGAACAAAUUAUUGAUAAAAUUGCAUUAUGGGUUGCAGGUUUUGUAGCCAAAAAAAGUAGUUGGAUUCGUGAUUCAGGAAGAGGAUGGAAUGGCUUUAUUGAAAACUUUGAUGUCAAGCAAGACUCGUGGGUUCAGGGAUUGUUUGCUGCUACUUUAGGUUUAGGAACCAUAGCUGCUGCACUUUACAUCAAAAGCUAAUUUUAUAUGAGCGCGAAAUAUUCGAAAUUCCACAUGUCGUUGUUGCAAAGCUGCAAAUAUGAACGGCUCAGGGCAUUUCAUUGUCAUUGAACCGGUUCCUUUGUUCUUGCGUUUGGUUAUUGAAAAAUUAACAAAACCUGUUUAAGUAAAGAGAUCUGUUAACUUUUUCUAAAAGUUAUAAUUAAGAUCUCUUAUGUAACGUUUAAUAUUCGAAGAACUAAAGCUAAAAAAGAUAAUAUAAUAGUUUCGGAAAUGCUAUUUUGAUUUAACCAGGUGUUUAAUCAAGCGCUUGUUGAUAUUUUUUUCCCUUUAUUUUUUAAAUUUUCAAAUGAGUCAUCUCAUAAAUUUUUUAUCAUUUUAGUUUUCUUUAGGCUAUUUUUGUAGUUUUGUUACGCAAAAAGGAUUUUGCAAUGCAGUAGCAUUUUUAUAUAGGCAAAAAACUGUUUUUUUGUUCUAUGAAAUAUCAACCGGCUUUGGUAUGGAGUUAUUCUUUUAUUAAAAACGAGUAUUUAUUGAAAUAUUUAUUUAUUUUUGUACAUAGAUAUAAAAAAAUAUGUAUUAAAUAUGUAAAAUUAUGUUUAUUUUAAAAAGUCAGAUAUUCAUUUAAAA